CGAGUGUAUCGAUCCGCGUUAAAAAGAUUUGCCAGAGCUGUUAGCUCGAGGUGUCGUCCCGGGCGUUGCAAGUACUCUCAUAACCCGGGAAUACAACGCUCACCACCCACUGAUUAAAGCUACAGUGUAACCCAGUGAAGUUUGUGAGCUCUUAGAGCCGGAAAAUGUUGUGUGUGAGGAAGUGUUGAGGCGGAGAUGAGGUGAAGUUUGUGUUGUGUGCGGGCGGCGGCGGCGGCUAGCUGGCGGACAGUUACAUGCUGGUUAUACUGGAGCCUGGGAGCUGCCGCAGGUUGGCUGAGCGAGGCUGAGGCAGGCGCAGGAGGCCGUCAUGCAGAAGGGGGAGAGGCGUGAGCGAGGGGGGGCCACGAAGGAUGAGCAGGAUCCGGCGUCGAGGCGGGUGUCGAGGGCGAGCACCGCCAACAGGACGGGCACCACCAUGCAGCCUGGCUCUAGGACCUCCUCCUCCUCCAACUCCCUCGAGCUCUUCGUCGGGCCCAACUUCAGGGUCGGCAAGAAGAUUGGCUGCGGCAACUUCGGCGAGCUGAGACUAGGAAAGAAUUUGUACAACAAUGAGCACGUCGCUAUCAAGUUGGAACCUAUCAAGGCCAAGGCUCCUCAACUUCACCUCGAGUAUAGAUUCUAUCGCAUGUUGGAUGCCGUGGGAGGAAAAGAUGAAAACGAUAAACCAAGAGUGGAAGGCAUUCCAAGAAUCUACUAUUUUGGGGUGUGUGGCAAGUACAAUGCCCUGGUGAUGGAGCUUCUAGGGCCCAGCCUGGAGGAUCUGUUCGAUAUGUGUGGCAGACGUUUCAGUCUCAAGACAGUACUAUUAAUAGCCAUACAAUUAAUUCAUAGAACAGAAUAUGUACAUUCUAGAAGAUUAAUAUAUCGAGAUGUAAAGCCAGAAAACUUUCUCAUAGGAAGGAGCUCCACUAAAAAAGACAAAAUAAUAAACAUAAUAGAUUUUGGGUUAGCUAAAGAGUAUAUUGACCCAACGACAAACAAACACAUCCCGUAUCGGGAACACAAGUCCCUAACAGGGACUGCCCGCUAUAUGUCUAUUAACACACACAUGGGUAAGGAGCAGUCCCGAAGAGAUGACCUUGAAGCACUAGGGCACAUGUUCAUGUACUUUCUUAGGGGGUCACUUCCUUGGCAAGGUCUCAAGGCAGAUACCCUUAAAGAACGCUACCAGAAGAUUGGUGACACAAAACGAGCGACCCCAAUUGAAGUCCUCUGUGAAAACUAUCCUGAAGAGAUGGCGACGUAUCUCCGGUAUGUGCGGCGGUUGGAUUUCUUCGAGACUCCAGAUUAUGACUACUUGCGGAAGCUCUUCCAGGAUCUUUUUGAAAGAAAAGGCUACGUUGACGAUGGAGAAUUUGACUGGACCGGGAAGACUAUGUUGACAGGAGUAGUGAGGAAUGGUGGGGGGCCUGAGCAAGGGGCUGUUGUUGGGCCAGGUGAUGGCAAGGAGGGUCACAAUUCCACUGCCCCGCACCAGAUACAACUACCUUGGACACCAACGCAGCAGGUGGAUGACACCGCCUCGCGGCCUCCCCCGGUCAGACAUCAUGGCGGCACCAAGGGUACGGCAGCCUGGCCCGAAACCCCCAAGCAGACAAGCAACAUGUUAGGCGGCAACCUCACCCCAGCAGACCGUCAUGGCUCCGUCCAGGUUGUGAGCUCUACUAAUGGUGAACUUGGUCCAGAUGAUCCUUUAGCUGGCCACUCCAACACACCUAUCACUGUCCAUCAAGAAGGAGACACCUCAGAUGAAACCAAAUGCUGCUGCUUCUUCAAAAGAAAGAAGAAGAAGGCUGGACGUGGGAAGUGACUGGCGGUGGUUCAGUGCUCACCGGAGAGAGAAGCCAUUGCGGUGCUGCUGCCGGCAUCACAGUCGCAGUCUAAUGAGAGUAUCCUCAACCCUCAGGCACCGCCACCAAUAGGAGGGACCCCAGCCAAUCCCCACAAGCACUGAUCACUUCUCCAUUACCUCAUCACCACUGCAAGCACUCUAUCUCAAGUUGAAUCAAGUUCCUGCCUAAAAGAUGGGCAGUUCAGUCAUGUGCUUGCAUUUUUGUCGGAAAAUCUCUCGUGAUUCCAUCUGGCCAAUUUUUUUACUGUGAUGCCUGUGUUAAGGUGAGCCUUCAAAAAUACAGUAAAAGGCAUGGAACUUGGCCAGAUGAAUGUGCUUAUAUAUUUUGCUGUGCACACAUCUGGUGUGCUGGAAGAUGGUUUGCCAAAGCCAUUGUAAUUUUGGACAACCUCUUAUGCAUGUGUGGGGCAGGACUUUACAGAUAAAUUAUUUUAAGCACUUUGAUCAUAAUAGACACGGCUUAAUGUAGAAAGGAGAUUGUGCAAUAAAAAUAUACUCGGUCCUAAACAUUUUUAGGUGAUUACUGCCAGUGAAAUUUGUCUCCUCUCUGACACAGAGGAACAUUUUUGCUGUCAUUCUGAGAUGGAAGAAUGCUGUGGUGGUGGUGAUGGUGGUGGUAAGGGAAAUUUGGAGGUUACUUCAAACGACUGCUUGCCAAGUGUGAAUUGAAGCUGCCCUAUUCUCUGGGACCUUUCUAAGGCCUAGCCUGUCAUUGUGAUGAGAACAGUCAUUUUUGGCUCUUGUAACUAAUCAGUUGGUUUCAUUUCACUAUUUAUAAUAAAGAUAAGGAAGCCUAUUGAAAUGUCGCAUGAAGUCAAACGGACCGAUUGUCACAUUUGUUCUGUGAUCAUUACUUAAAAAAUAAUAAGAGUUCACCAGCUCAAUUGCUCCAUCAACCAAAAAGUGAAUGGACUUUUCUGCUCUGGUAAAUUAUUCUUUAUUCGCCAAAUGACCAAUUAAUUUUUUUGUGUGUAUUUAGUCGCCUUUGGGAAGUACUAAUGUUUACAUACUUUGGGACGACACUAGUUUAGAUGUAGUUUGGUGGAAGCAAGUCAUGACCAGUGCAAAAGGGGGUAUUUUUUUUGCAUCCCUGUGUUGGUAUCAAACUGGCACCCAAUGGCAUAGCUAUAUAAUUUUAAUAUUAUUUUACAUAGGUACCAUAACUAAAAUAUUUUAUUUGCUUAAUGCCCAACAGAGAUGAUUCUCAUUGGUGAUGGAAUUUGACCGAGAUAAAGUAGAGGAGGAGUAAAUAAUUUAAAGCUAAACAAAUAAAAAGAGUUUGGCAAAGCCAGAUAGAAGAUUUUAUUAAAUGGAAAUUCUCAGAAGUGCCAAACAGGCAGGGCCAGAAAAAUAGCAGAGAUGAAACACAAACGACACAGAUAUUCCUUAAUAAAGGGAUCGGUGGACUAGGGGCCAUAUUGAGCAUUGAGAUGGCAUCAUGCUCACCACAUGCUGAUGUUGUUUUUCACUGGCAAAACAUUGAAAACAUAGCAAAUGACCAGUAUAUUAGUGAUUGCAAACUAUGGUUUCCUUGUGACCAUUAAUAGAAGAGAAAGGGGCAAAUUUAAUUAUGAGUUGUAAGAACUAUGCACUAGUAGGUGAAGAAGCCAAAGUUUUAGUGUAUAAUCAAAGGUUAACUGAAAAUUGAGUGGUAGUGAUGACUGCAGUGUUCCUGUCACUAAAGUUAUGGGGGCAAGAUAAAGACCACAGCUUGAGCAAGUGUCGCCCUCUCAUUUUGACAGGCUUUUGAACAUGGUUGGUAACAUGUACAGUCAGAAGAGUUGAAUGUGCAUGUUAAGUGAAAAUGUUAACUGAAAGACAAGCAUGGAAUGACAGUCUUAGUGAUGGCAACAAUUCAUCACCAUACUUGUGCUACACCACGAUCUCGUCCCCCAGGGCUUUUGUUAGGACGGACUUGUUACAGGGACGCUCUUGUAGCAAAAGUCCAAAGUUCCUUUCAGAAGUAUAUCAAUGUUAUGUGGAAGGGUUAAAGCCUUCCUAUAUUAUUUUUCUUAUGCCUGUAGCUGUUCAACAGAACAUGUGAUGUUAUAAGUGACUAUAAACUACAUACUUCUUUACCUUAAUUCUCCCCUUAUAAAUCCCCUUGACUUUUUAUUUCAUUCAAUUACUUGUACUCACUAAUCCCAUCACAUCGUCUGCCACCCAUCAUCCCCUUCAUUUUUACUCCUUUUAAGAAUAAUUUUUCCUAUGAAGACAUUUUCCUCGUUAAUUUAUCAGUGUUCUAUAGUCACAUCUGAUAUUCUCUUAAGAUCGUCCUGAAUGUUUUCCUAGUGGUCACUUCAGCUAAUUGGACUUUCCUACAGAUGGUCAUAUUCUUGCUCACAUUUUCUGAUUGUAGUGAAAAGUCAUCUAUAUAAAGCUUUUAGAAACCACAUAUGGGAAACCAGCAGUCAGGGAGGAAUAAUGGUAAAUUAUGAGUCGUCAUAUUCCAUUGCUGAAGCCAUUUUAUUCUGUCCAGUUUUGUAGGUAAACAAUUUGAAAUCUUGUUGAUGAGCUGUUAGAUGUAGUGUCCUGGGCCACAGACACAAGUACAAGGCAAACAAUAAACAAAGUUAGUUGUAAUGCCUUCCUUCACACUGGUGUUGAUGAAGUUUGCAGCAAAUAUCAUUACUUGUAUGUACUCUAUGAAGUUGUCAACUAUUACUAUUGUAGAUACGAAAAGCUCUCUUUGAUAUGUGUUUUAUCAAGCACACGGUGCAGCCUCUUAUAUUAUUAAUGACAAAGGCUUGCAGUGUGCUGGAAACUGCUUAGUGACACAGCAAGAUUACCUCUUGCUGCAGUAUAGCAUCCUUUGCUACCUCCUGCUACAGUAUAACAUUUUUGCUUUUCUUUUUUCCUUAUUUCUGUUUUGUUCUAUUUAUUUAUUCUCCUUUGCAGCAAAAUAAAAUUUGCUGCUACUUUUUCAGUAGCACCAUCACCAGUGUCAUCACCACCACUCAUCUUGCACCAUCACCAGUGUAAUCACCACUCAUUUUGCAUUGCCAUCAGCAGUAAUAUACCUGAAGAAGACUGGUUUUAAUAAUUUUACACUUUCAUAUUACACAGUUAUUAAACUAGCUCAAUGUUUUAGGUUUUGGUAUUGCUGAUGCCAUGACAAACCAUUUGUAGGAGGCCAGGCUGAUGUGAUCAUAUCUCUACCGUCACCAUAGUUCUUGGUCUUCAGUGUCGUGUAUAUGUGAUUAUUGAUGAGCAAAUGCAUUGCUUCUCAUUAGGGGUCAAUGAUCAUUUAUGUGUGUGUGUGUGUGUGUGUGUGUGUGUGUGUGGAGACGGUAGUGUCAUCUGUGAUUUUCUCGCUAAGAAUUAUGUGAAUGCUAAUUUGAAAUAUGUCAAGUAUGCCCAGUCACAAGAAUUGCCCGUCGCCCAUUUUGGGGAAGUCAACAAGUAGUAAAGAUUUUUUGUAUAAUUUUGGACAUGGAUGUAAGGUAUGAUGGUCCAUUGAAGAUAGCCAUGGUAUAUUUCAUCUUUGUAUGAAGUUGUCAUGGUGUUUAUAUGGGUGAAAGAAAUCACUUGUUUGCCUCUAUGGAACAUACUGCUUCAAUGUGCUGUUUAACAAUAAAAACUCAGCAUUUGUAUCUGUAUAAUCCAUAUAACUGGAAGAAUAUAAUAAUACUGUUGUUAAA